AUGCUCCACCUGUGGUUGUUCCUGCUCCCCUGCCUUAGCCUUGUUCCUCUGGCCCCGGCCGAAAAGGGCCUGGAAUUCCCACAGUAUGACGGGAAAGACCGCGUCCUGGACAUCAACGACAAGAACUUCAAGAAAGCCUUGAAGAAGUACAGCAUGCUUUGCCUGCUCUACCACAAACCCAUACCCGACAGCAAGGAGCUGCAGAAGCAACAUCAGAUGACCGAGCUGGUGCUGGAGCUCGCAGCUCAGGUUACAGAAGAGAAGGACAUCGGGUUUGGAAUGGUCGACUCCCACAAAGACGCAAAGGUGGCAAAGAAGCUGGGUUUGGAGGAGCAGGGCAGUGUAUAUAUUUUCAAGGCCGAUCGGGUGAUCGAGUUUGACGGCCUCCUCUCUGCAAACACCCUGGUGGAGUUUCUGCUUGAUCUAUUGGAGGAGCCGGUGGAGGUGAUAGGAAAUGCUCUGGAGCUGCGAGCCUUCGACAGGAUGGAGGAAGAUAUCCGCCUCAUUGGUUUCUUCAAGAGCGAAGACUCUGACCACUAUGAAGCAUUUAAAGAAGCUGCAGAGCAGUUCCAGCCCUACAUUAGGUUCUUCGCCACAUUUGAGAAAUCAGUUGCCAAGGAGCUGACUCUGAAGAUGAACGAGGUGGAUUUCUACGAACCCUUCAUGGAGGAGCCAGUCACCAUCCCAGGAAAACCUCUCUCCGAGGAGAAGCUGGUGGAAUUCAUAACCAAACACAAACGACCAACCCUGAGAAAGCUGCGUGCACAGGACAUGUAUGAAACCUGGGAGGACGAUAUUGAGGGCAUCCACAUUGUGGCCUUUGCAGAGGAGGAGGAUCCUGAUAGCUAUGAGUUUCUGGAGAUCCUGAAGGAGGUUGCCAGGGACAACACUCACCUCCCUGACCUCAGCAUCGUCUGGAUUGACCCUGACGACUUUCCCCUGCUGAUCCCCUACUGGGAGAAAACCUUCAAGGUGGACCUGUUCAGACCACAGAUUGGAGUAGUCAACGUCACAGAUGCCGACAGCGUGUGGCUGGAGAUGGAAGACGAGGACGAUCUGCCCACCGCUCAGGAGCUGGAGGACUGGAUCGAAGACGUGCUCUCUGGCAAAGUCAACACUGAGGAUGAUGAUGACGAUGAAGACGAUGACGACGAUGACGACGAUGACGACGAUGAGGACGAAGAUGAUGAUGAUGAUGAUGACGACAAGGAUGAUGAUGACGAUGAUGAUGACGAUGAUGAUGACGAUGAUGAUGACGAUGAUGACGACGACGACGAUGAUGAUGAUGAUGAUGAUGAUGAUGAUGAUGAUGAUGAUGAUGAUGAUGAGUAA